AUGGAGCCACUCUACGUCACGGAUCGGGAAGAAGAUGGACGCAGCGACGCUUUUGAGGCUGGGAGCUGGGAGCUGGCUAGGGCCGCGUCGCGACGGGCACAGAGGCAAGGAGGCUCGGCGAUGCCGUGGGCGCUUUGGGCGACGCAGCUGGUCGGCCCGCUCGGCAUGGCGAUGUACCGUGGUCAUGCACCUCCAAACCUUUCGAUGCAAGGCCAGAAGAUCGUAUGGAGGUCAAAGGGAGCUGCCCUUCCACGUGCUUGGCUGCUGGCGAAGGGGAAUGACGAGCGUGACAACCUUGUGGGCUUUGCAGAUGUGAAAGAGCGCAGCAGCGUCUUUGCUGGGCUGGGCUUGCAGCUUCUGAUGGACUUGGGAGCCAAGCGCGGGCGCGCUGCGUUGCGCGUGGUGGCUGCUCCGGCCUUUCUCACUCAGAGGGCAAAGAGAGUCCAACACGCCGACGGCCGAGCGAAAAGGAAAGGCCAAAAGUGCGCUCUGCAGCGCGAAAUCAAUCGCGUUUCCACUGCCACUUUGGCGAAUAAUGCCAGGAGGCGCCUCAAUAAUCGCACAGCACAGCACAGCGCACCCUGCUCUGCUCGUCACUGGUGCGCGAUGGACGUGUCUGCUCGUGCGCGUGCGCGCGUCGACGCCAUGCCUGCAUCCUCGGCGUUGCUCCUCCAGCACGACUCGCGCCUCGACCUGGACGAUCGCUCGCAGCGCCAUCGCGGCUCGUCCGCCUCCGAUGGGCGUGACGGUCGUGAUGGUCGUGAUGCUCGCGACGGCCAAGUCGAGUCGCUCUCGCAGCAGCUCCAGUCGCGAAGCAGUCCCACCGCCGCUUCCGUAGAGAGCUUCUCGUCGUACAUCAACAAGGACGCGCCGCUCUUUCAACAGCGCUCCAGCUCGCCACGCGCCGAAGACGUUCGCGACCACAGCGAUCCCGCAUCGCACACGGGCAGCCCUCGACUCCACCCCCGCCACCUCGUCAGCACCCCCGUCGUCUCCAGAGACGCCUUUCGCCAUCGUCACUGGGCCGACUCCGACCCAACCCACCCGUCCGCGGGAGUCAUGUCCAUCGAGCAUCUGCACAACACCUCCCAGACGCCGCAGCACCAUCUCUCCCAGCACGCGCACCUCAAACCAGGCGCGCAGCAACGCAUCGCGCUCGCCAUAAGCGCCGCACACCGCGCCGCAGACCGAAGCGCGUUGCCAGCCUCGCCCACCCCCGCCAUCGACGUCAACCGUCUGUCCGUCUCGAACCUCGCCCAGAAGAACCAGGAGGACGACGAACGCGAUCCGGCGUAUCGCGACGCGCGCAUGCGCGCCCCCGCCUCGCUCAUCGACGACUCGUUCGAGAGCACCGCCAGCGUCGUCGGCGAGGAUGCAAAGAACGAGAUCCGCAGGAGGAGACGCACGCGUCCAGACGAGGCCAACCUGCUCGCACAGGUAUACGCAACCAACGCGUUUCCGGACCACGAGACGCGCCUCUUCCUCGCCAACCGCGUAGGCAUGUCCGUCAGGGCUGUGUCGGUGUGGUUCCAGAACAGACGACAGGCCGAGAAGAAACGCUCGGGCCGAUAUGGUGGAUCGGGCAUCGCGCCAGGUGCAACGCCGGGCACAGGGCAGUCGACGCCAGCCCUCGAGUCGACUCCCGCCAAACCAUCCGCCACCGUGGUUGCCCAGCGCAAGCCUCUGGGGAAUGCGAGCGAGAACGCAGCUGCGGCGAUCAAGCGCUCUGAGCCGGUCGAGAUCAGCGACAUGAGCAGCGACAACAAGGAGAACAUCCCGCCCUGGCUCGUCGCGCGCGCCACCAGCUCCCGGCCCCCACUCCUCGAGCCACUCAAGCGUCAGACCCCCGCCAAACCCAAAGACACCCACACCGCGUCGAAGGCUGCGUCUACGCCGCGGGAUUUGCGACAGGAUGUUGGGCCGCAGGGCAUGGGCAUCGCGCACGUCGAGGUGGACGCGCCUGCGCCCAAGACCAUGUCGCGCCACCGCUCCACUCCACGUCUGUCGUUGGACGAUGUGCUGAGUGGACGCAGCCAGACGCUGCGACGGGCCGCUACGGAGCGCGCGCCGCUCGCAGCGCUGACGGCCGAGGACGGGUUGGAUACGAUCCUGCCACCGCCCAAGUUGCUCUCGCGCGCGUCGAGCGCAUCCAGCCUGAGCCUGCUCACCACCUCGGGUGGACGCGCGAGCAUCGGCAACAUCACCGCCAUCCCCGCGGCCGCGUCCCCUCCGGCGUCGCAGAGCGAAUCAUUGACAUCGAGCUUGCCACCCCAGCUCACGGCGGUGCUGCAGAGGCAGGGUAUCAUUGCGGGCGUCGAUCGGGCACAGAGCCAUGUGGAGCGGAGUGGGUUGUUGGGGAUGAUGCCGAGCAGCAGUGUGUCGAGUAGCGAGGCGGAUGUGGGAAACGAUGCGCGCGAGGAAGAGGACGAAGAGCGGACGCUCAAGCUCAUUGCCCAGCGUAGGGCGGCCAAGGGGCAGGAACAGCGGGCAGAUGCGCGAGAGGCGAUGGCAAGUGUAGGUGCCGAUGCGGCGGUGGGGAAGAAGGUGGUUGGGUUGGCGCCCGCACGGGCGGUGAGUCUCGAUUGGGCUGCGGGCCGCGAUCGUGCCUCCACCUCGGCGCUACCCGUGAGUAUCGGAGGCACACCACUCUCUCGGAGCGUCAGCAUGCGCUUGCCCACCGCGUCCACCCCGCUUUCAACGCGCGCCGGUGGGUCGGCACCCGAAACUGCGGCGGACAAACGCAAACGUCCCACCGCCCGCUCGUUGUCUGCCACCGACCUCACGCGGCGUCUGCAAGAUGCCAAACGCAAAACUGGCGCUGCCGCACGCAAGAAACCCGCUUGUGUCGACGAAAACACUGCCCCCACCGCGCCCAUGGAGUCGGCUAAACGUCGUCGUGUCGAAGAAGCACCUGCCUUUGGCAGUAUGGUUUCGCCAAUGUUGUCGCGCUCCUUGGCGUAUCCGACGCGGCCGGUGGGGUUGACAGCUACACCGCAGUACGUGCGUGCGGUGAGUACGCCGUUUGCAAGGAGGUGGGAUCUGCAUACCCCCUCGCGUGUGCUGGGCGACCGUACGAAUUUUACCCCCGCUCCCGCGCAGGCGUUUUCGCACGACGACAGCGGAUUCUUCGACUGCCACUCGCCGCCAAAGCGAGACGAUCCCAACGAUCACCAGGCUGCAGAAUUGCUGCUUGGGCUAGGCAAGUCGGCCGUCGAUUCCAGAGACUCCUCCGCAAGCCAGUAA